AUGGCGGACAAGUCGUCGGCUCGUAGCAAAGGAACCAACAUUGAUAAAAACGGUGACGAUGACAUAGCCCUGCAAAUUCGUGAUAAGGAUAAGAAAAAAUCCAGAGAUAGCAGCUUGGUUCUAGAAUCGAAAGAUGAACUGACGGAUCUUCCCAGUGAGGCUAAAAGGAAUAGUUCUUCCCGUUUCAAGGUGCAUCGAGUGUCCAUCGCCGAACCUUGUGAAGAUGACGAAGAGAAUAAUGUGGCCCGAGAACGGGAAAAUAGCCUGCAACAUUAUCGACACAGUAUCGAUAGUAACAGCGAAAGAUACCCUGAUUCACCCCAUGGAACUUUCUCUUUUAGUCCGACGGACACAUACCGGACACAUUCAUAUGAUACGAGUAAUUUGAAAACCUUUGGAGGAAAUACUACCGAAGCGAUCCCCCAUUUAGACCACUACCGAAAUUUAUUGUCCACUACAGCUGCCCUUAAAACAAGGCCUACAUUACAGGAACUUCAUGAAGGAAAACUCUCCACGGAUGAAGAACAAAAGAACAAACUUGCUGCCCCGUUGCUACCUGAGGAGGAGCGUACUGCAAAUGAUGUUAAUGUUGCUAGUGGUGGUACUCCUCAAGCAGCAACAAAAUUUGGAUGGAUAAAAGGAGUAUUGGUGCGAUGUCUGCUCAACAUAUGGGGUGUGAUGCUUUUCUUGCGGCUGUCCUGGGUGGUUGGACAGGCUGGAAUUGCAUUGGCAACUGUUGUGGUCUUGCUAUCUGCUGUUGUGACUACCAUCACUACAUUGUCCAUGUCUGCCAUUUGUACCAAUGGGGAGGUCAAAGGAGGCGGUGCCUACUAUCUGAUUUCCAGAAGUCUUGGACCUGAAUUUGGUGGUGCCAUUGGAAUAGUUUUUUCUAUUGCUAAUGCAGUUGCUAUAGCCAUGUAUGUAGUGGGAUUUGCUGAAACUGUCAGAGAUUUAUUGAAAGCUAAUAAUGCUCUUCUGAUUGAUGAAAUAAAUGAUAUCAGAGUGAUUGGUGUAAUUACUAUUACCCUUCUCUUAGGUAUAGCCAUUAUAGGAAUGGAAUGGGAAGCCAGGGCUCAGUUGAUACUUUUAGGAAUCCUUUUAAUUUCAAUGUCUGUCUUUUUGAUUGGGACGUUUUUUCCACCUACACUUGAUAAUUUUUCCAAAGGUUAUACCAGUUACAGUGCUGAAACUUUUAGAGAGAAUUUUCUUCCUGACUUCAAAGGUGAAGAAUUCUUUUCAGUGUUUUCCAUUUUUUUCCCUGCUGCUACUGGAAUCUUGGCUGGUGCUAAUAUUUCUGGUGAUCUUAAGGAUGCUCAAAGUGCUAUUCCGAAAGGUACCUUAUUGGCAAUUUUGUUAAGUUCUGCUAUCUACAUCUUAUCUGCUUGGAUCCUGGGGGCUUGCAUCAUAAGGGAGGCAAGUGGAGCCAUUCUUUACACUGCUUUAAAUACUACUCUAGAUGCAGUAACCCAAACUGCAAACUUGACUACUGUUGACAAUGGUCAAAAAGAAGCUUAUGUAACUAUGCAGACCAUCCGUAAUUGCACUCUCGGGGAAGAUGGCAUUUGUAAAUAUGGACUGCUCAAUGAUUUCCAGGUGAUGGAACGUAUUGCAGCAUUUGGGCCACUGGUGACUGCUGGUAUUUUCUCAGCUACUUUGUCAUCAGCACUUGCUAGUCUUGUAUCUGCACCCAAAGUCUUUCAGGCCGUUUGUAAAGACAAGAUUUUUCCUGGCAUUCAUGUACUCGCCAAAGGCCAUGGGAAGGGAGAUAACCCUCGUCGAUUAUACAUUUUGGCUUAUCUGAUCGGAGUGGCCUUCAUUUGUAUUGGUGAACUGAAUGCUAUUGCACCUAUUAUUUCCAAUUUCUUUUUGAUGUCUUAUGCUCUUAUUAAUUAUUCUUGCUUUGAUGCAUCAUUGGCCAACUCACCUGGAUGGCGUCCAGCUUUCAGGUGGUAUUCAAUGUGGAUAAGUCUUGUGGGUGCUAUUUUGUGCAUUGCUGUUAUGUUCAUCAUCAAAUGGUGGACUGCUUUACUGACAUUUGCUGUCAUAGCUGCACUCUAUAUCUAUGUACAUCAUAGGAAGCCAGAUGUAAACUGGGGUUCCUCUACACAGGCACAUGUCUAUAAAAGUGCCCUCCAAUCAACUCUUAAAUUAAUAGCAGUAGAAGACCAUAUUAAAAAUUUCAGACCGCAAGUGCUUCUUCUUAGUGGUUUACCAAGCAGUCGUCCUGCCCUUGUAGAUUUCGUGUCCAGCUUCACCCGAAACUGCAGUUUAAUGAUCUGCUGCAAUGUUAUUGUGGAUCCAAAUGCAGACAGUUUGAAAGUUCUAAAAACUUCCGAAGAAUAUAAUUGGCUCCAUAGAAGGAAAGUAAAAUGUUUUUAUACUCCAAUAAUUUCUCCAGAUUUCCGUGUGGGAGUUCAGUCUUUUAUGCAGACUUGUGGUGUUGGAAAAUUACGUCCCAAUACAUUAAUCAUAGGAUUCAAAAACCGAUGGAAGAAUGGAGAUCCCGAGGAAGUAGAAGAUUACUUCAACGUAAUUCAUGAUGCAUUUGAUAUGCAGUUUGGUGUUGGCAUUCUGCGUGUAAAAGAAGGCUUCCAGUGUGAUCCUAAUUUUGUAGAUCCUCCACGUAAAGAUAGUCAUAAAGUAACUGUUGAGGAAGAACAAAGCAAACAGCGCUAUGAUGAUGAUGAUGAUGAUGAAGUUGGUGCCAACACCCCUGAACGCCGUCCAAGUAUCUUUGACAGCAACCCGGUAUUGAAUACGGAGGAGGUUGCAACCCCUGAUGUAAUUCAUGAAAGUAUUGUGAAACCAGAUAGUUUCUCAGAAGAAUCUCUGAAAAUGAUGAAUCGGUUUAAUGAAAAGCAGAAGAAAGGAACCAUUGAUGUAUGGUGGCUUUUUGAUGAUGGAGGUCUAACAUUACUUAUUCCCUAUUUGAUUUCAUUGGAAAACAACUGGAGUAAAAAUAAGUUAAGAGUAUUUACUGCUGGGACCAAGAAAGGAGAAUUGGAUCGAGAACAACGACAACUGGCCACAUUAUUGAGUAAAUUCCGUAUUGAGUGUAAAGAUAUGACUGUCAUUCCAGAUGUUGGCAAGCUUCCAAGACCAGGGAAGAUAAAGGAAUUUGAACAGCUGCUUGAAGGAUGGAUUCUUGAUGAAGAGAAAGGCGAAACAAAAGAGAAAUAUCCAUGGAAGACAAGCCGUGAUCAACUUAAACUUCUAAAAGACAAAACAAACCGGCAUAUUCGCUUACGUGAGCUAAUGUUUGAGCAUUCAUCAGAUGCCAAUUUGAUUGUAAUGACGCUGCCUAUGCCACGUAAAGGAACUUGUUCAUCAGGUCUCUAUAUGGCUUGGAUUGAUACACUCACAAGGGACUUGCCACCUAUUUUAUUGUUGAGAGGAAACCAGAGAAGUGUCUUAACAUUUUAUUCUUAG